UUUGGAGGGGAGCGCCGCUCGCACCAGGGAACAGCUCGCGAUGGCUUGUUCCGUGGUGCUCGAGCGCCUGCGCGACGACGCGACUGUUCACAGUGGAGGCAAACCAUACCGCUGCGAACACUGUGGCAAGCCUUUCAGAAACAAGUGUAUUAUAAGGAAACACAUAAAACACACGCACUCGUCAACCGGACCAAAACCAUUUGCUUGUGAAUUCUGUAAUUCUAAGUCUCAAACCGAAUUGCUUGUGAUAGAACACGAGAAAAGCGAACAUGGCGUUUCAAAUUUCAUGUGUGCUGAAUGUGAGUAUACCACAAGUUCCAAGAAAAGCUUGGAGACUCAUUUAAGGAGCCAUUAUUUAGAGAAUAAUUUCAAUUGUAGUCACUGUAGUUACACAAGUUCGUGUAAAACUGAUUUACACAAACACCAAACAAUACAUUUUGCUGGGAACCUUUUAAAGUGUAGCGACUGUGAUUAUAAAUGCAGUUGGAAUUCACAGUUACAACGACACCUGAUGAUACAUACUGGGGCGAAGCCAUUUCAGUGUAGCCACUUUGAUUACAAAUUCACUCAGAACUCACACUUACAACGACACCUGAUGAUACAUACUGGGGCGAAGCCAUUUCAGUGUAGCCACUGUGAUUACAAAGGCAGUCAGAAGUCAGACUUACAAAAACACCUGAGGAUACAUACUGGGGCGAAGCCACUUCAGUGUAGUCACUGUGAUUACAAAUGCAGUCAGAAGUCAGACUUACAAAAACACCUGAGGAUACAUACUGGGGCGAAGCCAUUUCAGUGUAGCCACUGUGAUUACAAAUGCAGUCAGAAGUCAGACUUACAAAAACACCUGAGGAUACAUACUGGGGCGAAGCCAUUUCAGUGUAGUCACUGUGAUUACAAAUGCAGUCAGAAGUCAGUCUUACAACGACACCUGAUGAUACAUACUGGGGCGAAGCCAUUUCAGUGUAGCCACUGUGAUUACAAAGGCAGUCAGAAGUCAGACUUACAACGACACCUGAUGAUACAUACUGGGGCGAAGCCAUUUCAGUGUAGCCACUGUGAUUACAAAUCCAGUCAGAAGUCACACUUACAACAACACCUGAGGAUACAUACUGGGGCGAAGCCAUUUCAGUGUAACCACUGUGAUUACAAAUGCAGUCAGAAGUCAGACUUACAAAAACACCUGAGGAUACAUACUGGGGCGAAGCCAUUUCAGUGUAGUCACUGUGAUUACAAAUGCAGUCAGAAGUCAGUCUUACAACGACACCUGAUGAUACAUACUGGGGUGAAGCCAUUUCAGUGUAGCCACUGUGAUUACAAAUGCAGUCGGAAGACACACUUACAACAACACCUGAUGAUACAUACUGGGGCGAAGCCCUUUCAGUGUUGCCACUGUGAUUACAAAUGCAGUCAGAAAUCACACUUACAACGACACCUGAUGAUACAUACUGGGGCGAAGCCGUUUCCGUGUAGCCACUGUGAUUACAAAUGCAGUCAGAAGUCACACUUACAACAUCACCUGAUGAUACAUACUGGGGCGAAGCCAUUUCAGUGUAGCCACUGUGAUUACAAAUGCAGUCAGAAGUCACUCUUACAACGACACCUGAUGAUACACACUGGGGCGAAGCCAUUUCAGUGUAGCCACUGUGAUUACAAAGGCAGUCAGAAGUCAGACUUACAAAAACACCUGAGGAUACAUACUGGGGCGAAGCCAUUUCAGUGUAGUCACUGUGAUUACAAAUGCAGUCAGAAGUCAGUCUUACAACGACACCUGAGGAUACAUACUGGGGCGAAGCCAUUUCAGUGUAGCCACUGUGAUUACAAAUGCAGUCAGAAGUCAUACUUACAACAACACCUGAGGAUACAUACUGGGGCGAAGCCAUUUCAGUGUAGCCACUGUGAUUACAAAUGCAGUCAGAAGUCAGACUUACAAAAACACCUGAUGAUACAUACUGGGGCGAAGCCAUUUCAGUGUAGCUACUGUGAUUACAAAUGCAGGCAGAAGUCAGACUUACAAAGACACCUGAGGAUACAUACUGGAGAAAAGCCUUACAAAUGUAGUCAUUGUGAUUACAAGUGCAGUGAUUGUUCAAACUUACGAAGUCAUGAAAGGGCACAUUGCUUAUAUUACACAGGACAAAAUAGCAACAAAAAAUAGUUGAUCCCAUCACCACCAAUAUUUGCUAAUAAAUGAUUAUAUAUUAUUAACUAAUAAACCUGCAUUCGAUUAUCCAGGAAAAUAAAUCAUCCAACUUUUCACUAUAAUGAAAGCAUUAUUUCGUCGAAUAAUUUUCCGCGACAUUACAAUUUAAAUCACACUCAUAUCGCACUCACACAAUAUUGAAAAUGGAAUAAACACACUUCUGUUUGCACCCGCAAUUGGCAGUUUGUUGGGCGUUAAAAUUGGCCUGUCGAUUCGAAUUAUAAUUAAGAAGAGAGGAUUAUAUAUAACUACGUGUAUGUGAGGUGUGCAAUAAAGAGUAUUGUAUUGUAUUGUAUUGUAUAUAUAUGGCUGCAGGACGUGUAGGGUGACUGCUAUAGUUAAUUGCCACUCCUAACAAAUAAGAAAGAAACAAGCCAAUUGAAGCCUUAUUGUUAAGCGUGGCCAAUUACUGUGUAGUGGCCAAAAAUUACUGCUACUGGCGAGAAGCCAGACUUACAAAGACACCUACUGAAAUAUACUGGGGCGAAACCAUUUAAAUGUAACAAUUGCACUUCAGCUGCAGACAGAAAGGAAAGUAUUUAACACACCAGAGGAUACACAUUGGUGAGGAGCCGUACACAUGUAGUCACUGCUACUACAAGUGCAAUCGGAAAAGAGUCUUGCUAAAACAUCAGAUGACACACACUGACGAAAAGCCUUUUAUUUAACACUGCAACUACAGGAGUGGACAUAAAUACACUUUACAAAGACAUCUGAAAACGAAACAUUCCGGUAAAAAACCCUGAAAUUACGCAAGUGUUCGGAAAUAUGAUCUGCUAGUUACCGGUAGAGCAUGUGACGGGUGUGGGCUGUGUGAUGUAUGUGUCGUGGUUCCCUUGCACGCGCGUGCACGAUGUGU